AUGUCAUCAUCAACAGUUGGACACUACGAAUUGAAUGAGCCAAGAUUCUUGACAUUGCUCACCAAGCUCAUUGGAGAGGCAAAGACUCUGCAGAAUCAGCCACCCGAACUCAUCCCUGUGGAGGAUAAUGCCGGCCGUCAUGUGUUGGCCGCUCUCGAGCCAUACAAGGUCGAGAAUGGUGGUGUGCUCAAGGUUGAGCACGUCGCUUACCACGAGGGCCGUGGCAACAUCUUGAUCCAAUACCCAGGCGCCGUCGCUGACAAGUGCAUCUCGUUCGUUGGCUCCCAUCUCGACGUUGUUCCAGCCAUCGCCGACAACUGGAAGGUCGACCCAUUCAAGCUCACCAUCGAUGGCGAUCGUCUCUACGGUCGUGGUACCACCGACUGUCUUGGACACGUUGCCCUGUUGACUGACCUCUUCAUCGAGCUUGCCACCCACAAGCCAACAUUGAAGCACUCUAUCAAUGCUGUGUUCAUUGCCAGCGAGGAGAAUGAUGAGAUCCCAGGCGUUGGUGUUGAUGAGCUCAACAAGCGUGGAAAGAUCGAUCACUUGAAGCAUGGCCCACUGUACUGGGUCGACUCUGCUGAUAUGCAGCCAACCAUCGGAACAGGUGGUGCUCAGAACUGGAACCUCAAGGCAUCCGGAAAGAUCUUCCACAGUGCCCUCCCACACAAGUCCAUCAACUCUAUCGAGUUGGUCACCGAGGCCCUGGCCGUCAUCCAAAAGAGAUUCUAUGAGGACUUCAAGCCACAUCCAGAGGAGCACAAGUAUGGAUAUGAGGUUUCCUCAUCAAUGAAGCCAACUUUGUGGAAGAGGAUCGAUGGAUCGUACAAUCAGAUCCCAGGCGAGGCUGUCAUCUGUGGUGACAUCCGUCUCACUCCAUUCUAUAACAUGGACGAAAUGAGAAAGAAGGUUGAGUCCUACGUCGCUGAUAUCAACGCUGACAUCAACAGCCUCCCAUCGCACGGACCCUUCCACAAGUACUCUUUGCCCGAGGAGGGACUCACUGGCAAGGUUGAGCUCGAGUGGAUUGGCGAGUCAUCACCGGGUGUCGCUUGUAACAUCGACUCUACAGGAUACAAGGCAUUGGCUCAAGCUACCAACGAGGUCACUGGCGAGUUGAAGCCAGUCUCAACAUGUGGUACCCUUCCACUCGUGAAGGAUCUCCAAGACAGUGGAUUCGAUCUCCAGAUCACAGGCUUUGGCAAGGAGGAGACCUACCAUGGAGACAAUGAGUACGCUUCAUUGAGUGAUUUCAAGAAGGCCGUCAAGAUCUUGACCAGAACCAUUGACCUGUUGGAGAACUAA